AUGGACAGUCCUCCCGCAAUAGGACUCGACACUGAAGAUGCCGGAGACGACUCCGAUGAAGAGUCUCUUAAAGAGCUUGAAGGCAAUGAGCUUUUCCGGAGCCUGGAAGCUGCAACAAAGUCAGCAUAUGCAGAGCUCAUGAAGCUGAAGACAAAACAGCAGUGGAAACAGGGGGAGAGCGAGCUUAAAGGGGUCUAUACAGGCAGAGCUGCGCAAACCCUCGAUGACCACCGUCUGAAGGCAAAUGCGAAGGCUGCAACUGACGCUGUUAUUCGCAACUCAUACGAGGCGGAGAGAUUCCGCAGUUUCUUCAAGAGAAACAGAUCCUCCACUGAGGAGACGCUCCCAUCCAGUCCCAAAAAAUGUGCUCGCGUCGCCGCUGCCACAGCUCUGCAAGCCAGUGACACCGUCUUCGCGCGGAUACAGAUUCUGAUAAACUCGGGGCUGUGA